AUGGAAAAGUGAGUAAAUUACGUUAUUUUUCUCAUGUCUUGCUAUCUCGUAGUUUGAUAGGAUUCCUGAUCUUUCCAUCUGGACACUUGAUUUUCAGAUACAUGCUUAUGGAAGAACUUGGGGAUGGAACCUGUGGUAGUGUUUAUAAAGCACUCAAUCUACACACAAAUGAGAUUGUGAGUAAGAAAACCUCUUUUUUAAAUAGCUAAAUUGGGCGUUUCCUGUUGUAUAAAAAUUAGGUACACUAGCCAGAGCUGUUAAUAAUUUUUGUUUUCAAACGGUUGUUUUUAUUACCACGACCAAUGUUAGCAUUUACUUUUCGGAACUGAUAAUAUUUUUUAUUGUGUAUCAAUGGCUAUAAAACAAUUAUUUCUCUUUCAGUUAACGAUGUAUAUUAAUUUCUUAUGGUUUUGAAUAUAAGAACUUUUCAACGAUGCAAUUCCCUUUUUAUUACACUUUGUUUUCGUCCAUCAAGCAUUAUUAUUUUUUCCACGUCGUUUAUAUCAUUAUGUUUAUCGUAUCAACCAGAAUGGCUUUGCCACAACCUUGGAAUCUAGAUCAGGUGAUAAAUGACGCAAAAUAAUUGUGCGAAAAGGUUUAUUUUUCUAUGUAUUCUUCUAGUCACACAACUAGAUAGUCUUUAUGAUAUAAUCAGAAAAUGCUCAGAACUUGUUUUCUGGAUUAUGAAACUUGUCAACUGUCAAAGGAUAGAAAAACCCCUGUGACUAAAGAUAUUAUGCAUUCAUCUGCGUUUUGAUGUAUGCUUGGCUUGGCAUAAGUGAGCUUAUUGCACUGACUAGGAGGAUUGAAUGGUAAAAUCUGAUUUGAUAAUCUGAACUUGUCAUCAUUGUAAAAUACUUUAAUAUGCCAAGGCAUGGAUAAACGUGAACUAUUCCUUGGAACAAGAUACUUUUCCCUUCUUGAACUACUAGCCUCUUCCUAUUAUUUUUUUCAUCAUCAUCUCAUUUUUGUUCUCUGUUUUUUUUAUCAACAUUUCUUCUCUUCUCCCUUUCUCGUAUAAUCCAUUUUUCCUCUCCCCCCCCUCUCUCUCUCUCUCUCUCUCUCCCUCCCUCUCAUAGUCUUAAUGUCAGCAUCUGCACCAUCUAGACAUGUUAACUGAUAAAUGCAGUUCUGGAAGUCUUGCAUCUCCGGUUUCUUUACAAAUUUCUUGAACCGAGGAUUCCCACCGUUCAUUUAUAUAUUCUCCUGAUAUGAAUGAAUAAUACUUUUGCUUUGCACGACAAUUUAGGUUGCUAUCAAGAAAAUGAAGAGAAAGUUUUAUUUGUGGGAAGAGUGCAUGAAUCUGCGGGAGGUGAAGGUGUGCUUCUUACCUGCUGAGAAACAAAUAGUACCUAUUUUUGUUUUAGACAAGUUAACUUACAUCAGAUAUGAUUCUUUGCAGUGUCUCCGUAAACUGAAUCAUCCAAACAUUAUCAAGUUAAAGGAGAUUGUCAGGGAGAACCAUGAGCUUUUCUUUAUCUUCGAAUAUAUGGUGAGGAAUUGCGAAUUUACAUCAAGUUGGAGAUGGAUAAAUUAACUGAAAAAUUCCCCUAGUCUUUGUUCAAUAUGGGUUUUUAGGAAACUUUAGAAAAUGAAAACUAUUUCUCUUUUCUUUGUUUUAGUAAUCUCGAAUAAUGUUUGAUCGUUUUGUUCUUUGAAGUUGUCUUUAACAUGUUGGACUCGUGACCAUGUAUGCUUUUGUGAUCCUCAGAGCACAAAUUUGAUAUUUGUUUAAAAUUCGUACCCUUCAUGAUUUACUGUGAAGAGUGACUUCCUCACUCUCCGAAAAAAAACAAGAAAAUGAUGUCAAUUCACGUGCAUAAAGAGCAUCGAAUUAUUAGUUUAUUGUCAAAUAGGAUUUCCCUUUGUAAGAAAUCAGUCAGUUUCGAUUUCCCGGGACUUCAAACCUUCAAACCUUCGAAUUUCUGCCCUGGUAAAAUUGCUUUGGAUUGUUAAUGUACAAUGACCAUCAAUGUCCAAAAUUCCCUUGGCCUGAUAGUGCUGCAUUUUUAUAAAAAGUGGGCACCACUCAAUCAGACCAAAACUUUAGGUCUCUUGGAAGAUCCUAAUGCCAGACGAAAGAUCUGUGGGACAAUUGUAUGUAUCGAUUUUUUUCAUAGUUGGAAUACCGAAACCCCAUUUGCCACAUCAGACACGUAGAAAAUCCACAGAAUCUUGGAUGUUCGUAUCUUCUUAUUGUCUCUGUUAGGCAUGGAUUAGUUUGUUUAAGUCGCUUAUUUGUGACUCUAGUCCUUGUAAUAUGACAUGAAAUUGUGUUAAAAGGAGGCUUGCAUUUUUGUACUCUGUUCUGUUGGUAAUGAGAAGUUUUAGCUGUUGACUAUAGUCCUGGCUGGGGACUCCUUGCUCGUAUCAGGUCAACCCUCUUACAUGAUUUAAUAUCUUAAUGGCAACAAGGCUACCAAUUGACUGGCUUAUGUAACUAUUUUAUUCUAUUAUUUGAUUUUUUUGGAACUUUUCUUAAUUUUUUUCAUCAAACACUCGUUGGGUUCAUGAUUUCCUCGGGAUACGCACAUACAGGAAUAUAACUUAUACCAAGUAAUCAGAGAUCGACAACAACCUUUUUCAGAAGCAGAAAUUCGGGGUUAUUUGUCUCAAGUGCUGCAGGGACUUGGCUAUAUGCAUAAGAAUGGAUAUUUCCAUCGGGACUUAAAACCUGGUAUUUGCAUUAUUGUCCAUUGUUUCCACAUGCGUAGUUCAAAAUUCGAGUGUCAUCCUCUGAGAAAAGUGUAUUUUGCUUUUAAGAAAAUCUGCUCGUGACAAAUGAAGUAGUCAAAAUUGCCGACUUUGGAUUGGCAAGAGAAAUUACAUCAAGGCCUCCUUAUACUGAAUAUGUUUCUACAAGAUGGUCAGUACUCUCUUCUUCAAAUUUCGGUUCCUUUCAUUAGGAAUCAGUAUUUUUAAUGAAAAUAUUUAACCAUAUCUUAUGUGUUGUUGCUUCAUUUCGUGAGCAAGGUACCGGGCACCAGAAGUACUGUUACAAUUUUCGUCUUACAGUCCUGCCAUUGGUAUGGUUUCUUUGCCCAUUGUCUACAUAUAUUGACUGUUCCUUACCCAAUCCCCGUAAUUUUGUCCAAUAUCUACCUUGCAUGAUCAGCUUUGUUGUUGGCCAGUUUACAUUUUCUCGCAAAGUAUGUUUACCGAAUGCUCUCUCUAAAGUUCUCACAAAUAACACCAGUAAAUAAUAGAUCAUACGUCGUAUGAAGAAAUAUUAUGGUGUUCACUUUGUUUUUGCCUUGUUUUUCUUAUGUGUAAUGUCACUAAAGAGUGGAAGAUUUCUCAGAUUUGUGGGCUGUUGGUGCAAUACUUGCGGAGCUUUUCACGCUGUCACCACUUUUUCCUGGCGAAAGGUAAUGGCUGAACACCAACCUUUUGAAUCAACAAAAGGGUUUAUGUAUAUAUAAUAUAAGUGCACAUUAUUUACUUAAUUAGGUGCAUCAUGAUGGUCUCGCUGACCUUCUCAUUGGUUGAGGCAAUCGAUGUACCAUAUAUUUUUUGAAUGUAUGAGAAUUACGUAUUUUAGCAUAUUUUACUGUAAAAAUUUAAGAUUGAUGGUUAAAUUAUUUUUUCCAAUCUUUAAAUAAGCGUCAUAUGAUGUGAAUUCAAAAUAAAUAAAAAAUACUUCAUGUUCCUGCAGAACUUUCUAUUACACGAGUUAAAUUUUCAAUUGAAAUAAUGAAAUACUGAAUAUUUUAGAGAAAUGACAGUGUGACUUUAUCAUUGUAUAUUCAUGAAGAGGACAGUAUAUUUUGAAAUUCAAAGCUCGGAAAGUCAUUGGGUGAUGUUGAUGUUGUGUAAACUUGACUAAGAUAGGGGUGAGAUCUGGGAAGCCUAAACAUGGAAGUGCUUAUUGUCCCUAAAAACUUCCCAGACCAUGGUUAUCAUGAAAAGUUACGGAGAAAUUUUGUGGGGGAUGCUUUAUUCAGUGUUAUUUUAUUAUAUGUAUAACAGUAUCGAGGUUUUUUCUCCCAGACGUGCCUGUGUAAAACAUUUUGAUAACUAUAGACAUUUUUUGUCUUAAUGUUUUGUUUGUAUUUCUAUUUAUUUUCCUUCCCAGUGAUUGUUGUGCUUACUUUUACUUUUAGGUUUGUAUGUCAUUUUUACCUCCAGACAAUGGCUUCUCUCAUUUUUCUGCUUUUGUCUUCCACGACCAGCUCCUCUCUUCCUUUUACUCUCCUCUCCUUCUCUCUCAUCAUUCAGUUUCAACUACUUUUGUACUUAUUCCAUCGAUCAAUCAUCAAGUAGUUCUAGUGGAUGUGGUAGUACUCCACUAGCAAUACCUUGUAACGGUACAACUUAUGGAGGGUUUGUCCCCCCACACUCGACAGUGUCAAGGCCUAUGUUAUUAGAAGUAGAAGGUGGGAGGUGUUUGCCAUGUUGGCUUGCAGCUCCAAAUAUGGAGGGGUUGUUGAUGGUGAAGAUGAUAUUUAAAGUUAACGCAAAGGGUAAUAAAUGCAAGGGAUCGGACUUCUCAGUGUCAAGGCCAAUUAUAUGGUUAAUAAAUUACAUAUUUUUUAGAAAUAUUUUUUUUUGGUAUGAAUUAUAUCAGAUAUCUCAUUCAGAUCACAUUUGGUAAUUUUAAAUCCAAAAUGAUUCAUAUCAAGCUGCCGAUUUUACUUUAUUUUGGUCACCUCGUCAGUUGACCCCACAUAGAGUACAUGUAAAUAAAUGUUAACCUAAAUGGUAAUCUGAAUCUUGUGAGUUGUGUCAGGCAUUGCAGAUCAGUUUAAGAGUAGGUCGUCACCCGAAUCUGAUCCCCUUUUACACUCUCGCAUCAUUGGACCUAUGAUUUCAUUGGGAGAGUCUGAAAUAUUUUAGAAUGGUGAACUGGGGAAGAUGCGAUAAAACAGAAUCACGUAUGCUUGUAUGCAGUUUUUUCCCCCUUAUCUUCCUUCACAUAUGAAAAGCCCAGCUGCUCUAUUUAUCUGUUUGCUAUCCUAUUUAUCUUUCUUGAUGGAGAUGGCUAAUUACCCUGUGAAUUCAUUGGAAGUCAAAUCAUUAUGUCUGUCAGGCUUGUAUUAAUUCAUUCUGUUUAGGGUAAAUUGGCCCAAAUGACUCCAAAUGGCCAAUUCAGUCACAAACUAGCUGAAAUAUUUUUCAUUUUUUCUGAUUUAUUCCUUAUUGGUAGGAGUUAUCCCUCUUCUAGUUCCUUAAUAAAUAUUUUCUGCAGCGAAACAGACCAAAUACACAAAAUAUGUUAUAUACUGGGGAGCCCAGACUUUAGCACCUGGCCUGAAGGGAUUAGACUUUCACAAGCAAUCAAUUUCAAGUUUAUUCAGGUUGGUCACAUCAAACCGUACUUUCAAGUUUAAAUGUGUGAGGUACGGAUUCUCUUAACCUUCUUUUUUGUGUGGUAGACGAGGCCAAUCAAUCUUUUCGAUGUCAUUCCAAACGCUAGCUCAGUGGCAAUCGAUUUAAUAAUGGUAAAAGGGAGACAGUCUCUUUCGGUCUUUGUUGAUCAUUAUGGCUUCAAAUUUACUGUUGAACGUGUGAAUUUUUCAUACUAGAAACUCUGUUCCUGGGAUCCCCAGAGGAGGCCUACUGCUGAGGAAGCACUUCAGCAUCCCUUUUUUCAUGUAAUGGCAUGUGUUCCUUAUUAUCUACGCGCAUACAGAUACAUCUGGAUAUGGAUUAAUGGGCAAGGUUUUCCUUACGUGUGCUUCUUUACUAGGUGGGGACAUGGAUCCCGUACCCAGUGAGGGACACACCCUUUAUGCCUAACCAAACUGACAAUGGUGAUAUACAUGACUUUAUGGGUAAAUAUAUUAUUUCACAUCUCGUGCAUCUGAUUGCGAAUUCCGCAUCCUUUUCUUGAUAUUAUGUUCAGUAUUUAAGGAUUGAUGUGCGACUCCUACUCUGGUGGUCAGGAGAGGGGCCCAAGCUUGAACUGAAUCUAUGGGACUUCGGGGCUCAGAAGGACGACUGCUUUCUUGGAUUAACUCUUGGACUCAAGCCCAGUGUUUCUAGGCUCGGUAAAGCCAUCUACAACUCUUUGCAUACAGUUGUCCUUUUUAAUAUUGGUGUCCACUCUUUGUAUACCGACUAAUAAUUCCUUGACAUCUGUAUAUAGUCUCCAAAGAUGCGAAUUUUGGUUAUGAGAUGCAUGACCUCAUAUGAUUGGUAAAAUAUCAAUCUUUUGCAAAGUACCUUGAAAUUUUGCGAUCAUCCACAACGGUUCAGUUGUUUAAUACAAAACACGUCUGCAUACUUUCCCUAAAUGCGAAAUCACUGUUUCUCUAGAUCAUGCAUGCCGUUUGUCUUAGUUUCUGUUCAUGCCCACGCACUAAAUAUAUCCGGGCCUGCCAAGUGACAUUAACUACCAAUUAUAAAUAUCACCGUUGACCUGUGAGUUUUUUUGGCCGUUUGUUGAAGGGAUUGUGUCUCCUGCGAGCAUCCAUGAUGUCAAACGUAGCAUAGAACAAAUCACGCACUGCUUGAUUCAUCCUCUGUCUCAAUUCGUAGUUCAUCCCGUGGGUAUGCCAUUUUUAGGAGUAGAAUCUUGACAGUAUGACUAAUUCUUGUCUUCGCCACAGAUGCUUCACAUCAGGCCUCUCAACGUGGAAAAGAGGUACGUCUCUGGCGUAUGAGCUUCCCAUUUGUCUUAUAAUCACAUGGGCGUCAAUAAAUACUUCAUACCACAAUUUAUGUAGGGAAACCUGAGGGCAUCAUGGAUUUAUUAUUAUUAUUAUUAUUAUUUUGGGUGUUUUCAAGACGUCCAUGAAUGUGGGCUCUUGAACUCUGCACCCGCUUCCUUCUGAGAUUUUUGUGCCGGUUCAAUGCAGGAAAUGCUAUUUUGCUCCGGAGUUCAAGACCAUCCUGCGCAGUCAGGUGGCUGCCUCUACAACCGUUCAUCUUAGUAGUAUUUCACUCAAGAGAGGCAUUCAAGCUGCACAAUCAAAAUCGGCACAGAAAAAUAAUUAAAAAUAAAUAAAUAAUCAGAGCCCAGUGAUUCUGAACAAUAAUUUAUUUUUCUCUCUCUGUUGCAGUGUUCUGGCCCCUGCUGUCCUCAGACUACCAGACGGAUGAAUCAACUGCGAGGGCUCCCCUGCCAGCUCCUUAUGUUCUUAACAGGUAGAGCUCGCCCAAAUGAUGUUCAUGGGGUAUCUUUAUCUUCCUCGGGGGGGUUUGAUUGACCAUCAUGAGUUCUUCCCUGCAGCCCUACGGCGUUCAUCGCCGGCCGGCAAACUGGCCGGCUGAGUGGGCAUGGCUUCGGGACGAUGAUGAAAGUUUCAUCGCCCAUGCAGCAGUGCACUUACUUUGAGUGA